GAGAGAGAGAGAGCGAGAGAGGGGUGAUCCAGAAGAAGGGGGACGACCCGCCGCUCCGUUCACUCCUGCACUGGUACGGCCGCGUCGGUUGCUGCGUCGCGAGCAGAGCCGGACGGCGCGCGAGGGAAGGCAGGAACCGUCCGUCGGCGUUGGUUGGCGCGGGCGUCGGGAGGAGCCUCGCGGAAAGCAAACUUCUCUUUGAGAGCAACCAGGCCAUUCAGCGUGUGGUUUGUGUUGAAGCUAAACGGACAACCCUUCCACCCUUCCAGAGCAUCAUCACCUUUUAGGAGGGGAUGAAACCGAAUGGGGGUGCCAAACCGAAUGGGGUUGCCAAGGAAACCAUGGAGCCCACUGAAGGAGCCGGAGCAGAGUCCUCCAUAUCCCAAGAACAGGUCAUUGUGGAGGAAGUGACAGAGCCAGCUUCCUCUACGUCACAGCCUGAAGAAGCGGUGAACUCCACAGCAGCUCCUACUGGUCAGGAGGCUCAUGGUAAAUCGGCAAGUGCAGCAUCGGACCCUAAAGCAAAGAGAAAAGCUCCUGCAAGUAAAACAAAAUAUGGCGCCAUAGCUGGCGUUACCAAGACCGUAGGAGUUUCAAAUCCCAGUUCACGGCCAGGCACCAGCCCACACCGUGCAGUGAAUGGAUUCAAAGCCUUGAACAGUUCCCAGGCGUCGGUGACUACAGUGAAAACGGCCUCAUCAUUGAUAGGGGCGAUGCCUAAAAUGCGAGUGGGUGCACCUGCACCCUCUUUCAAUGUCUCCAAAAGCCAAACACAGAUGGCGGACAAGAGGACAGCUGAACCUGUGAGGAAGACCUCUGCUGCUGCAGCCACCACAGUAACAAACAGUAGCAGACCAGCAGCAGCAAAGAAGCAGACAGCCGGGCCAGUUAAUGGAACAAGACCCAAAACUACAGCCCCUGUUAGUAAACCCUCCGCUUCCACUACCCAAAAACCAAACCCUUCAGCUGCUGCCAGGGCCGAGAGGACGGCUGUUCACAAGACAUCCAGGCCAGCCACUGGUUCUGCUGCAGCCCAACCAGCAUCAAAGCCCCCUUCUGGCAGCGGUGGCACUGGGACCACCACAAAAACCAUGUCCUCCACUGCUGGAACCAAACCUGCUGCCUCCAGAUUCCCUACGACAUCCUCUGCUGGCAGAACCACGGCAGCGCAGAUUUCCAAAACUGCCACUACUGCUGCUGCUGCUAAAAGAAGUGUUGGUGUUUUAAGAACUGAUGUUGGUAGACCAGCCUUUACCACAGCGGCUAAAAAGCCUGCAACAGCAGCUCCAACCAAAAGGCCUGAACCCCCAAAACCUGCAACCACCUCUCAACGAGACACUUCCUUUAAACGCCCUGCUUCCACGAAGACAGUUGAACCCAAACUGCCACAACCCAAAACAAAACAUGCCAAAGAUAUUCCUCCGAAGAAAGAGGGAAGGCUCCCUGCCAUGAACAAACCAUCCAUGGGCAAGCCCACACCUGCGUCACAAGCCAGCAAACUUACGACCAGCGGUACCCCUCAAAGGAAACAUCCCAAACAACCACAGGCUGUCUUGACUUCCACGACUACCGACAAAAAGGCUGCCAAUUCCAUUACAGCUGCAGAAAAGCCUAGUGCUGCUGCUGCAACAGUUACUGUAUCAACAGCUGACAUUGUUGAACUAACAAAGCCAGCAGAAGCUGCAGCAGCAUACAAGGAACCUGAAGUGAUUUCACCAACACCUGAAGUCUCAGCCCAAGAGGAAGUUCCCAUCCCAGCUUUCACACAAAAGAUCCCAGCUGAGGUGGUCCUGCAAAAGGCUACCCUUGCUGCUGCUCCCUCACCUCCCUCUCCUGUCCAGACAGCCAUCCCACCCACUUCGUCAUCCCAGAGUCUGCUAGAAAGCACUGAUCCUUCAGGAACGACUCACGUACUGACCUCUGCCCCAUUGGAGGAGGUCAUCACACCUGUAAACCACUCACCGACCCCAGCAGGGGAGACUCUUCAUCCAACACAACACCAAGCUCCAUCAACAUCUGAAGCCCCUUCAGCAACGCCAGUUCUUCUUCCUCCUAAGGUAAAUUCUCCCACCAAUCUCAAUGAGGAGGAGGAUGAAGAAGAGAGAGAAGGAAGCCAGCAGGUUUCUGUGUCAGAAAUGAGUGGGACAACGCAGCUCACUGAAGAAUCUCGUCCUGGGUCAGCGGGACCUGUAGGGGGCGCUGCUUGGAGAGCUGGUGGAGCCCUGUUCUCUGAGCUUGACUCGGAGGAGGUCAGUGGCAGCCAGCAGGGGGCAUCGGAGCUGAGUGCCCCGGGAGUGUUGGAGGGCACAGAAAGCAUCGAUGACCUGGGAGAUGCCAGCUUCAAAGGAGCCAUUGAUAUGGAAGGAGCCUCCGUAGGUUCACCAGACUUUGAGAGGGUACCCGACAUACCUACCACCGACUUUGAUGAGGAUGAUGACGAAGAUGAUGAAGAUCGAGUCUGUGACAUGGACGUGGGCUCGGAGCGGGCAGACGACCCAUGUACGCCCAGGCAUGUCAACGAAGUCGAUGACGAGGAUGACGAUGUGGAAAUGGCCAGUGAGGGUAUAACAGAGAGUGGGCUGGAAAGCUAUGGAAAUGCAGAUGAGGAUGACUUGGCAGAAGAUGAAAGAUUGGACAACCUGAACCGAGUAGCGCAGCCACCACCUCCCCCUCCACUGCUGCCAUCUGCCCCUGCUGCUCAGUGGGACCAGCCCAACCCGUUUGCUGAUCCAUGGGCGCAGCCUCUUGUGCCCCAGCAGCCCCUUGUGCACCUCGCCCAGCCUGUACAGCCAUCAGCAGUUGCGGAAGGUCCAGUCAGCCCUUCUGCAAACCUCUGGCAAGCGGACUUUGAGACUCAGACCCAGUCUGCAGCACAAGCCUGGCUUCAAGUGGACUCUGCUGCAUUUUCCCUCCAAAUCCAUGAUGAUUCCAACUCCUCCUCAGUCCAGGAUGAGCAACCAAAUUCAGAGACCCAAGGUUCCACAGACCAGCCUGGCAUAGGCUCCAUGCAGACCCUGGUCCUAGCUGCCUCUUCUGCCCCACCCAUGUCCCUGUCCAGCACUCUUAGCAGUGAUACUAGCACACCUGACGAUUCCUGUGAUCCUCAGCUUCACAUCCAGGAGACACAGGCCCCACUGCUUUCUUUCAAACAUUACCCAAAGGACCAGGACCUCGGUGCCCACCUGCAGAUGGAGGGUGAUGGGGAGAGAGAGGAGGGAGCUGAGGCAGAGAUUCUACCUGACAACGAGGUGCUGGGUGGCCCUUUGACUGCCCCUACAUCCAACCUUUCCUCCUCCUCAACAACUGAAGAUGAUGCCAGCGAUGUGGAGGGGGAAGCUGAGCUGGAGGACCCUAUGGAAGGGCACGGGAUCUCCGCCAACUUGACAUUUGACAGCCAGCCACGAAACCUGCGCUGCCUGUCAGCACCGGAAGCAGAGGUAGAGGCUGACGGCAGUCUGGGAGGAGAUGCCACACCUCUGUCAGCAAAUUCGAUGGCCUCCUAUGGCUUCGACAGCAGCAUGACCACAGCGUCCAACUCCAAUGCCCAGUCCACAGGGGAGAGCUGCACCAAGAGCCCCGGCAUCUUCUCCCUGGAGGAGCUGCCUGAGGAGGCCAAGGAUCCUUCCCUAAUCCAGGAGCUGCCAGCCGAGCCAUCCCUGGCUGAGCAGCACUACAUGCAUUGCGGGAAACAGGAUGCAGAGCCGGCGGAGGACGUCGGCGUGGAGGUGUCUGGGUCUGACGCAGCCCCGGAUGUCCCUCUGUCCCGGCCUGAAGAUGAUCCCAAUGACCUGCAGCCCCCCUACUAUUCCGCUAUCUGUGAAAAGACUGAGAACUCUUUCGCAGGUAAUGUAUAGUUCUCCAUCUCUCUCACAGCCCACGUCUCCUCCCUCCCUCUAAUCCAGGCCCCCCGCAGCAAAAUGACAGAAAAGAUCUUGCUUUUGUAAGUAUUGUCAUCGUAUGUCCUGAAAUCUCCGGGGUGGAUAUAAUCAAAGUUUAACCUAAAAGAAAAAGGAAAAAAGAAAA